AUGGAGAUGCCGACAGUUGUUAGCAAUGUAAGGCGCGGUAUGACGAACGACACAUCACGCAAUGACCAGCAGAGCAGUAUGGAUCCGCUACAACCGAACAGUAUAACUAUGGAUACACCACGGACCACCCAGAACGCGAGUCCAUCGCAAUCUACUCUUACUGUACAGCCAAGCGUUGUUGGUGAGAGUUGGUACGCUUCCUAUGUUAUGAGAGGCUAUACCCCAGGCCACAACAGCGUCCAUAGGCCAAUCGGCGACUGUAACGAGUCAGUCCAAAGCAUAUCUUGUGACAAGACAAGAGACGGCGCCUCCAGCAAGCCAUCGCAGCCUCGACAGAAGCCUGGCUUAGAAGAUCUUCCGUCACCAGACCUGGUUAACAGGCUGAUCGAGGUCUACUUCGACCGAUUCCACGCCUUUUGUCCAAUAUUUGAGCGAGAAUAUUUCUUCACGUCUCUCCAUGAAGGGAAAAUGUCAGAAACUUUGUUACGCAGCGUCUUAUUCGUAGCGUCCUUACACUGCGACCUGGAAGUUCUGCAUCUCAUGGGGCACAGCACUCGCCUCGACGCCAACCAUGAACUGUUCACCAAAGCCAGCGCUUCCUUCGACCUUGAUAGAGAAUCAAGCCGAAUGCACAUGAUUCUAUCCUCCUACUUGCUCCACUACUGGUUUGGAAACCCGACAGCAUAUCGCGACUGCCACUGGUGGCUCGCCGCCGCCAUCAGAUCUGCGCAAUGUACUGGCUACCAUAGAAGUACCAGCAACAGCCAGAUGCCUCCUGAAGAAAGACGACGAUGGAAAUGCAUCUGGUGGUGCCUUUAUGUUCGCGACCGUCAGAUUGCCAUCUCUACCGGAACGCCAAUGGUGAUUAACGAUUUGGACUACGAUGUCGAGGAGCUUGUAGUGCAAGACUUUCCGGAAGAAGCCCCAGAAACAGCCCACUACAUGGUCGCACAAGCCAAAUUGAGCAAAGCUGUGGCUCAGCUGUACUUCUCUCACUGUUCGCCAUCCCGUCUCCCUCUGAGUAAGGACUCAUCAGUACGCCAGAAAGCAAUGCAGGAUAUACAAACGAUCUUGCAAUCUUGGAACCAUGACUCUAAGGAUCUGAAGUUCCCCAAUGGGACUCAUCACUUAAGUUUAACCCUAGAAGUGUGCUAUCAUUACUACUUAGUAAACCUUUAUCAACGACUGCAGAGACAGUGCAAUACCUCCAAGGAAACAAAGCCUAUCAUCGAUGCUGCAACACAAGUGUUUAACCUUGUUGAGACUUCGCUGCUCUACUGGGCCCCAGAACAGUUUCCCAUGAUCUAUGUCUCAGCUCUCUUUUCCGCCAUGAUGGCUCUUGCAGCAGACGGUGGCGCCACAACAACAAAAAGUGAUCAGCUUUUUGGUAAAAUCCGUCGCGGCUUACUCGCUCUCAAGCAGUUUGAGCCAGUUUAUAUCCUUGCACGAUGGAUCAGAAACUUUUUCAUGGAUAUUCUGAACCGUUCAGAGGCAAAUCCGAUGGGAGAUGCACAAGGACGAGAAACAUGCAUGGUCAGUGAUGGAAAUAGGGUCGAUGCAUCAUGUCUCGAAAACUCAGGGACCAACCCCGAUCAGACAAAUGAGGUUUCGGCGGCAAUGCUCCCUUCGGAAGACCAAGCCACAGAUCCUACUUCAGAUCUUGGAGAUGAUGAGACAAACUUUAUGUUCGAUCAGGAUUCUGGAGAUGCCUGCGCUGGGUUUGAAGGAGGCGGGUUCUGGCCAGCAUAUCUGGCAAAUGGUGUCUUUUCGAACACACAUUUUGUCGAUUCUCUGGAUUUUCCACAACCUGAUUCAUCCCAGUACCAAGCCAUGUAUUUUUUGGCUGAUCUAGGGCUCGCUAGUUCUGAUCUUGUAUGA